UUCCAUCUUCUCCAAGCAGUUCUGGGCACCACUGUGAUUCCUUCCUGCAUCCCGGGAGAAUCCGAAGAUAACUGCACGGCGUUAGGAAAGGGUGAUUAAUGCUUUAAAGAAAGCAGCAGAAUAUAUCGAACUUCCCAUUCCCUUCACAGUUCGGAUAGAAGACAAUCCACGCGUGGCUCAAGUAUCAAUAACGAAGUGUGGCUCUGACAUGAACGGCUACUGUUUGCACGGACAAUGCAUCUACCUGGUGGACAUGAGUCAGAAUUACUGCAGGUGUGAAGUGGGGUACACUGGUGUCCGAUGCGAGCACUUCUUUUUAACCGUCCAACAGCCCUUGAGCAAAGAAUACGUGGCUUUGACUGUGAUCCUCAUUCUCUUGUUUCUGGUCGUAGUUGCCGGUUCCAUAUACUACUUCUGCAGAUGGUACAGAAAUCGAAAAAGUAAAGAGCCCAAGAAGGACUACGAAAGGGUGACGUCAGGGGACCCAGCAUUGCCUCAAGUUUGAAUGAGUCCAUCAAGCUACAGGCAGGGAGGCACAGCAUGCCUGGUUCUGUUAAUAUUCCUAUUUUAUUAAUAAUAUUUAUGUUGGAGCAUGUGUUAAGUCGACAAUGGUGCAUUUUUAAUAUACUUUGACAAGUUUUUUAUUUUUGUUUUAUUUUUGACAGACUAUUUGCUACUAUAUAAUGUAUACAAAAUAUAUAAUAUAGAAAAAAAGUCAAUAUUUUUGUAAGAAAUCAUUUCCUAGAUGAAAUGCUUUCUCUCCAAAGCUCAGUUGCCAGCUACGCAAUGUUUAGGAGCAAAUGCUGUCCGGUUUGUUGCUCAGAAAGUGUCACAAAUGACUGAUUUCUGUUAAGCCUAACUUAUGGUCAAAUCAACCCAAACAAGUAUAUUUUCCUACUCCUCUGAUUAGCGAUAACGGGUCUGACUGUAUUGUAGUUUGAUGUAUGACUUGGCACCACAGUGCUGUGUAUUAAAUCACUAGUGCAGUGGGAACUGGGGAGAAGCAAGUCUGGAUACUGUGCUGAACACUACACACUGGGAACAACCUAAACCGGGGAGGACUGUGUGUCUGGUCCCCUGCCCC